GUAAACAAAUGGCCAUGUGAAAUGUGAAUUAUAGGAUAUAAUAACGUCUAGCCGUAAUAUUAUUAAAAUAAGUAAUAAGUUUAAGUAAUACUUCAUAUUCAACAGGAACAAAAAUGACGCAUCAGUUAGGACGUGUAGUUUCUCAGAUAUUAGGAAGACAUUUUGGUGAAAUAGUUCAGCAAGUUGGUAACGAUCUAUUCAUGUAUGGAAGUAAGACGAUUGGUAUGAUAGUGAAAACUACAGGUCUUCCGCGCACGCAGGUGAUUGAAAGUCUAAGAACUCUUCUGAAAUUUGAUUUGGCAACUUUUGAAGCUGAUGUCACUGUAGAAUAUAAAUUGAAUUCUGAAAAUAUUUUGUUGCUGAUAAGAUAUCCGAGAUAUCUACUGCAAAUGAAGAGUAAAUAUGGUAGUGAGGCAGAGAUGAUAGUUGAAGAGCUUCUUCAGCAAGCUUCAUGUACAGCCACUGUUCUGCUAGUGACGGUUAUGAAUAAAUAUAAGGAUGACAAGGAAAAAAACUUGAAUAUAGUCAACCUCAAGGACACAUUUAUCAGUCUAGCCACAGCGGGCUACAUUCAGCAAGCCCCCGUUGCCGAGCUUAAAGAUGGCAGUGAAAUACCCAUAUUAGUGCCAGUGGCAACCAUUGUCCCAGACCUCGAUGUAAGGGAUCUGAUGCAGGCUAUGACCUCCAAUUUAGCUGAUUGUAAAGAUAACACCUAUUGGAAAGUCAACUAUGACAGGUUUCACUUGGAUUUCCGAGAUGAUAUGAUGAUAAAAGCAAUCACGCGAAGAAUUGAUGAAAACGCGGGCGAGCUGAUGCGGCUGAUGCUGGAACAGAUGUACCUGUCGUCGUCUGCGUGGGCGGUGGAGUCGUCCCCCGCGGCCGCCUGCGACCUGCGGGACCUCGCCCUGCGCGUGCACGACCGCCCGCUGCUGCACGCGCACGUCGACCACUACCUCAAAGUCCUAGAGGAAAACGGAGCUAGCUUUAUCCGCCGCGCCGGAGACGCCGGCGGCGGCCAGUACGUCGUGCGCACCAAACGAGCCGCCGAGCAGCUGCUCGAGGCGCUGCUCGACCACACCGUCACCGAGAGGCUCGGCUCCAAGGCCGCUAGGAUAUUCCGAUUGAUUCGGUCGAAAAAGUACAUAGAAGAGGAAGAUAUACAGAAAAACGCAAUGUUACCGAACAAGGAGUGCAAGGAACUGACGUACAAGUUGCUCGAGGAACAUCUUAUAAGCGUGCAGCCGAUGAGAAAAGCUGCGUCCGCCGGCGGGUCGGCGAAGGCGAUUUAUUUAUAUCACGUAAAGUUAUAUGAUGCGGCGCACGCGGCGCGCGAGCUGUGCCUGCGCGCCGUGCACAACGUGUCGCGCGUGUCGAGCGCCACGCGCGCCGCGCACGCGCGCCUGCUGGACAAGCAGCGCCGCGUGCGCUCCAUCGUGCACGGCAUGCGCGUGCGCGGGGAGCCGCAGCAGAACAUCGACGACGUGCUGGAGACGCUGACGCCGCCCGAGCUGUCGGCGGUGUCGGGCGCGGAGCGACGCCUGCGCGCGCUGUCGGCGGCCGAGCUCGAGCUGGACCGCGCGCUGUUCCUCAUCUCCUGCUACUUCGCCUUCCCGCGGUAACUGAGACGCUGGCCCCGCUCCGACAUGUUCAGCUACACGACAACUUUAAGUUGCUCACUAGUCCGCCACGAAACCGAAAAUCAGUGUUGUGACGUCAGCAGCUCGAUAUUACUUCUUCGAGAGUACUAUUUAUAUGAUGAAAUCAGAAUUCGCUCACGCUGAGGUUUCAAGACUGAUAGCUUACGAGCCUCAUCUGUAUAAACUUCAACGAAUGACAAUUUACUACUUAAUGUGCUAUUUUAGAAUACUUUAUUGUAUGUAACUGAUUUCAGAAAUGUUGUUUCAUCGAAAAGUUAAGUUAACUUUCAUCUUGUCCUACUUCAC